UUGCGUGGCCACACACAGGUAUGUGCGUGUGUACGCGCGCGCGCGCGGGCGGAAGAGAGAGGACAUCGCGGGGAAGGGGCUGUUCCUCGGGAUUUCCAAGUAAGCGGUAGGGAAUUUCCUUCGUCUCUCCCCCUCCCGGUCUUAAAGUGGUACAGACCAAAGAUUAGACAGUGCUGUUUUCCUGACUUGUUACUAAUAGCUGAACCUAAAGCCUUGAAUUGCGGUCACGGUGGCGCGAUCUUCCCACUUUUCUUGUUCCGGCUUGUUCUACAACCUGAUGCGAGCCUAGCUCUCUUAGCAAAUGCUGGCAAGGAAAUGGCCUGCACAAUAGAAAAGAUCUUGACAGAUGCAAAGACGUUGCUGGAAAGGCUGAAAGAUCACGAUAAUGCUGCCGAGUCUCUCAUUGAUCAGUCUACUAUGUUGCAUAAGAAAGUUGUAGCCAUGAAAGAAGCUGGUACAACUCUUUCACACAAAGUGAGUGCAGGUUUGUUAAUGCACAAAUGGAUUGGCAAGCGCGGGUUAAUGGAUGUGUUGCACUGUACAAGUCCUCUGGCUCAUACAAAAACGUUUUUCUUUUGCAAGUAUCAAGAAGAUGCAGCUGAGCUAAAGGAUCUCUCUAAAUACAAACCUCACAUUCUCUUAUCUCAGGAAAACACUCAGAUUAGAGAUCUGCAACAGGAAAAUAGAGAGUUAUGGAUCUCUUUAGAAGAACAUCAAGAUGCACUAGAACUUAUUAUGAGCAAAUACAGAAAACAUAUGCUGCAGCUCAUGAUGAAAAGAAAAGAUGUGGAUUCUCAAUCGGUUUUGCAAGUACAUCAAAGCCAGUCUGCGGAGAUUGAGAGUCAGAUCGACAUAAUCUGUGAAAUGGGAGAAGUUAUGAGAAAAGCAGUCAGUGUUGACAGUGAUCAAUAUUAUAAAAUACAAGAAAAGCUAGCACAGUUAGAGCUUGAAAAUAAAGAGUUGCGAAAAUUAUUAUCAAUCAGUAAAGAAUCUGUUGAAGUGAGGAAAGAAUUACUUGAUGUUGCAUCUCAAGCUACAAAACCUCAGUCCUGGAACAGUUGAUCCUGGAAAUUGGAAACUCUACUGCAGGAAUGAGUAUGCUUCAUUUCUGAGUGUUCCUUUAAUUCCCUUUAGUCUUCUCUUGGAAACCAUUCCAAGCCUGUUACCAUAUUGUAAGUUCUGUUCUGGGGAGGGGGUUGUAAUGGCCCCUUUCAUUAAGAUUUGUUUUGCUUAAUCCUGCAGUAGAGUGAAGUCAAUGUUUUCUUUAGGUUACCCAUGAUUUUAGAAAUCUCAGCAGGAUGCAGCAAGGAUCAUCUUAACUUUUCUAGUGUGAGCAAAGAAUAUUAAAGUCAAAUCUUUUAGCAUGACUUAAAUUUAAGUGGCAUUCAGUUCUUAAAUAUGUUUAGGGUGCACUGUUGUACAAAGCUUGGGCACUCCUACUCUUAAUGCUAGAAUUUCUGCUUCUAGCAUUGUUUUUGGUGCUGCAUUUAUUGUAUCAUUUAAAAAUAUACUGUCAUAUUACCUAUUUCUUAAUAUCAACAAAGUCACCCAGUGUCACCUUGUAGGGGAGUUGAAAUUUAGCAUAGAAAUUUAAUAAAUGAAAUAAAUAAACAAAUACUGAAAGUAACACACAAUGCCUGACUAUUUCACGCAGGAGAUGUCUCUGUGGGUUAUAACAAAGUCUGGUAUUUCUGCCUACCUAGGAGGUUCAAUGGGUAUGAUAAUCCAUUAUGGGGCAUAACCACAUUAGUUCCUUUUCUGUCUUUCUCAAUAUCUACUUGAUCAAGGAAACUGACUCUAAUUUCUUAUAGUCACAUUAAGCCCCUGUGCAUAGAUGUCAGGAAGGAGAUGCGUGGAAACAAGUCUCUGUUAUACCUUAUAAAGAUUACUCUGUGUGUAGGCAUUUGCACAUAUAUAUAUAUUAUUCCUGUAAAAGAUGAAUUUACUUUUUUGCAAGCACCUGCCAAUAUUUUAAAAAUUAUUUUUCUUGAAAGAUUGAUGGUUGAAGAUAAAUAUACUUAAUAUUUGUUAAUAUUGUUCAAAUGUACACAUUAUAAAUGUCUCUUUUAAAAUUUCUUGGGUAUCCAUUCUCCGAUGGUAAAACAGAAUCUAUGAAAUGUAUUGGGCAUAUUUAUUCUUGCUGUCCUGGUUUAACUAAGUUUUAGAAAUAUAACUAAACAAAAUUUAUGUCAUUUUGCUAGUUUCCUUCUUGCCCCAUACGUUUGGUGGAAAGGAGUGAUAGGCUAAUUGAUUAAAUUCAUCUGGGGGUAUUUUCAGGGUUUCACAUUGAAAAUUUUAUUUUAAAGGCUGAGCAGAUUUUUAAAAAAAUUCUUAAAAUGUGGGCCCUAUUUGCAUAAUGCAAUCAGCUGAACAAACUCAGUAUCUUUGCAGCAUUAUGCCUUAAAUAUAUGCCUUCCGUGUCAUCUUCAGAAUCAAUAAGUUCUUGUUAUGAGCUGCAAUUUGCCCAGUCUUUGUAUAGGCUGUGGAUUAUUUUGUAACUAUCCUGUAGGAUGUAAAUUUAAUUACCUACAGAGAUGCUGCACUAUCGUUUACCAUCUUAUAAGCCUAUUCUAUUCAGUAAAUUAAAAAUAUUAUCUUUACCUCUCGUCUUAUUAAAUAUGUAUAUUGGCUCAUUUUCUUGAAAUAAAUGUUUUGAGGCA